AUGCCGCUGGCACUCCUCACCUCGCGCUCCCUCGCAGCCCACAUAUUCAAGAACCUCUCCCUAAUUCUCCUCAGCAACCUCUUCCUCCCGAUAUCGACGCUAGUCUUCCUCCUAAGUCUCUUGAAAGAAUGCAUCCGGCCGAGUACCGGUGCCGCCGUUCUCCCUCCGGGAAGGCGCAAAACAGUAAUGAUUAAUUCCCUGGCGAUGACGAAGGGACUAUCGCUAGCGCGGAGCUUUUACCUUGCCGGCCACAGAGUCAUCGGCAUUGACGUCGCUCGCGGGGGAGCAAUUUCUAGCGGGAGGUUCUCGCGAGCCUUGGACGCUUACUACCUCGUUGACUCACCAGUCUCCGAGGAGGGCGGGGGGCAGCAGAGGUAUGAGGAUGCGCUGCUGGAUAUCAUCAAAAGGGAAAGCGUGGAUAUGUGGAUCUGCGUUUCCGACGAAGCAAGUACCGUCGAAGAUGCCGUCGCCGCAGAAAGGAUCCGUUGGGAGACCGGAUGUGUUGUUUUCCAGUCAUUGCCAGAGACCUGCCGAACACUCCACCACAAGCACCUCUUCACCCAACACACUGACAAAAUCGGCCUCGACACCCCAGAAACAGUCUGUGUGACCAGCCAGGACGAAGCCCUUCGGUUCAUAAAAGCAAAAGUGCUCAACGGGAAGAAGUACACCCUCAAGAGCAUAACCCUGGACGAUGCGGCCCGCCAGAACAUGACGUUAUUCCCGCGCCCCACGGAAGAGGAAUCUAGAGCCUACCUCUCCGAGCUCCCAAUAAGCGCUGACAACCCCUGGCUCUUCCAGGAGCACAUCACUGGGCGCAAAUUCUGCACCCACGCCGUUGUAUCGAACGGGCAGCUGGGCGCGUUUGUGGGGUGUCAGUCAUCGGAGUCACUGAUGUGCUGCCAGGGACUAGAGGCAUAUAGCAAGUACGCGUUGAAGCUGCAGGAGUUGACGCAGCGGUACGUGAAGAGUCUCGAGAACGGGUGCUUGACCGGACAAGUCUCCCUCGAUGUUCUCAUAAGCGAGGGCAAGGAUGGAGAGUUAAGACCAUUCCCGACCAGGUGUAAUCCAAGGACGCACACCGCAGUUGUGCUAUUUGAGGACGCGCCGGAGCAGCUGUGCAGGGCCUAUCUAUCCCUCCUCGAGCCGGCGUCGGAGGAGCAGAACGGGGUCUCGAGCGUGAGGUACUUCGUACCUGACCUUUCCCAGGUCGAGGGCUAUUACUGGUUCGGACACGAUCUCGUCACUCUCGUCUUCCUCCCCUUGAUGGAGGGGGAGAGGGUAGCAGAGGCCUUGCGGGAAUUCUUCACGCAUCUGCUUUGGUGGAGGGACGCCACGUUCAGGACGUGGGACCCCGUGCCGUUCUGGUGGCUCUAUCAUGUUUACUUGCCCACGCUGUUUUGGCAGUUUCUUGUUUCAGGGACCAAGUGGAGUAGAGUUAAUGUUAGUACUACAAGGGUUUCUAGGAUGUGAUUGGAUUUUUUUCUUCUUCCCCCUCCUGGUGUGC